UCGCUGUUUCCCCCAGUUGAAUCAGUGCCCCAGCUCCCGCCUUUCCGCAGGCUCUUGGUUGCCGGUGUUUACCACGCAUCAGCUCCCAUCCAUCUUGCCCUUUCCUGCCUGUCAAGACGGCCCUUGGAACAUGUCAUCCUCUUCACUCCCUCACGAGAAGCAUUCGCAACCACUAACGUGGAGUUCCGCGACUCCUGGAUCCACGAGCACGGUGGCGAUGGGAUCGUUAUGGAUGCGCUCUCGCGCAUCGAAGUCAUG